AUGCAGACGUCCAUUGACCUGUUAUUUGACCCCAGUGAGGACGCUGCCAUCCACUGGGCAGCCCGCACUGGUUUGGAACAUGCCUUGGACCUUCGGACGGCUGAGCAGCUCUACGCUCGUGCCCUCCCAUAUCUAAAGACUUGGGCGUGGGCUCUUACUACAAAGCAUGGUUGGACACAGGACGCCGUCGACAACGUCGGCGACAUGCCACUCGCGGUCUGUAUUGGCCGUGACGAGCUCAUCCAAGGCGAUAAUGGCGACAUUUCCUACGUUGCCAGGCUCGUCUUGCCCGCAAACUUUACAGACUUGCUCAAUCCCGAAUUUACACACGACUGGGCUGCCAUGUUUAGCCAUCUCACGAAUGCCCUCGCCCCCGCCUCCACCACCACCGAUAUUUUUGACCUCGGCCGUGCUGGAUUUCCACGCCCACUUCAGAACAUACUCUAUCUCUUGCAAGUAUUGUCCCCCGGCCUCGUUCUCGUCCGCUCUGUGACGACAGACGAUGAUCAAGGCACAGAAUGGGGCAUCGACCUCGUUGCCUUGCCGCCAUCAAUCUGGGUUGGCUUGCAUAUUGAAGAUCUCGAAGACAUCUUUGGUGCCCAAACCGCCGUCAAGCUUUACCAGACUGCAGAAGACCCGUAUUGCUCGUCUGAAGAUGCCUCUGCUGCUAGUAGCUAUGGCUCGCAAGACGCAUUCGACUCGUACACUACGCUCAACUCGGACCACUUUGAGGAUAGCUGGAACGAGUUUGAAUUCCCCACCGACUUUGCACGCGACGAAGACGCACUCAGCUUCCAGAGCUUCCAGGAGCCCGCGUCCUACUUGCCCGCUGACGAGCAGAGUGCUACCCACGACACUUCGUUCUUGGCUCAGUCGGGACAACACCUCGCCGAACAUCACCUGAUUUCCGACUUUGACGGAAAGGAUUCGAACCUGAUGGAAUAUAGGCACUGUGACGCAGACUGCAACUAUUGUGGAAUGUGCUCCAGUCGCUUUGCCGAACGCCUUACGGAGCGCCUGUUGAUGCAUGGCUCUCUCUUGACAAUCUAA